AUAAAACUGGUUACGUAACAAUCUUGGUUUGUGUUCGCGCCACCCGAUCAGUUAAUGUCGGCGGUAUUUGGAAAUACCUUCAAAAACCAAAGCCGCAUGUCUCUGCUGACCGAAUGGAGUUUCGAAAGUGAAAUCACAGAGCCUGGCGUGAAAAAAUGACUAAAAGACGUGAAGAAUUCGGUGACAAAACAAAGAGAUUCCCAGCAUAUUUCGAGUCAUAUUAAAUUCUACGUAUAGAAUUCAGCAAAGACACAUGUUACGUCAUUUGAAAAGAGGAAUACGCAUCACGCUAAUACCUAAGUAGGCCUACGUAACAACGUAAAGCCCGGUAAAGCCGACGGGGCUUUACCUUAUUCAAGAGACGCCAUACACGGAUUGGUUAUGCUACACGGAUUAGGGCGACCUGCAGCUGGCCGCAUUAAGGGCACGAAAUUCGUGAUAUCGAUCGCGAUAUACAAUACCAUAUUUUUCACUAUUGGAAAAAAGGCACGAUCUCAACCUUUAAAGCUACAUUAAACUCGAUACAGAGGUUCAGUUGCUUACCUCAAGCCAUCAUCGACGGUCACAUUUUGCUAUUCGGUCAGAAAACGUAACACAGGGCAAUAUGAGUAAACAUAAUUGGCUGAAACUUACCGUAUCCAUUGUGAUCUUGGUUGCCGUAAUGAUGGGACCUACUAGCAAGCUAUUUAGUUUCUUUCACGGAAAAGACCCCUCGCCCAGUGUGAGCGGAGCCAGAAAAAUGGAGGAAAAGGCGGUAGAGAUAAAGCCAGGCGCUAAAUACGAGAGACAUCGCAGGCAAAUUAAAAAUAAGGAUGAACCUGCUGAUAAAGUGGACGUAUUAUUUUCAGAUGGCUGCAAAAAAAACGAUUUUAAAGCGGCAGUUGAACUCGAGAUUGAAGAGCUUCUGUCAAAACACGAAGAAAUCAAGUUGCAGUAUGUAAAAGAUGCAUAUGAAAAAUAUCUGUUAAGAAAUAGAGAACUUGAACCCUCAAAAAAAUCUUCAGCAGAAGAGGUUGAAAAAGGGGUUAAAAAAUUGGAACAGCUUCGAAAAACCCUCACAGAGACAAAGGCUAAGUUUAUCGCACAACUGGAAGAGCAAAGGAUAAAUGGAAUCGCCUUAGUAAAUGAGAAAAGCAAAUUGCUGAACGAAAUUCGAGACAAGAAUGCUCGAGAUAUUGCUAAUUCAGACUUGGAAAAGAAGGAGCUCCUUGAGAAAAUCAAAGCCAAUAAUGCGAAGAUUACUCUAAUGAAAGAUGAAUUCAACAAAAUGAAAAGGCAAAAAGAAACGGCACAAAUGAUAGAGGCAUCCAAAAAUUCACAAGCUGUAGGAUGUGAAACUCCGUUUGCGUAUUUGGGAGCCUUUGAUUCACAAAAUAUUCUAAGAGUUAAAAAACAACAACUUGAUACGGAAGAGAGUACGAUUAACGACAUAUGGCAAAAAAAGAACGAUUUGAAAAACUGUUGUCAGCAAGAAGGAUGCCUAUAACAAAUUCUACGACAAUUUUUAUUCGAUUUUUUAAUUAUACUUAAGAUUGCUGUGCUUUAAACUUAUACUUACUUUGGUUGCUGUGUGAUUUUUAAAUGCUUACAAACUUGGGAAAAUAAAAAGAAUUUAAUUGGCUA